AUGUGGGAUCGGCUAGACAACAUUCGCCGAUGUCAUGACAACACUUGUCGAUGGAUCCUCGAAUUGUCAGAGUACCAGACCUGGAAGGACGCCAGCGGUUUGCUGUGGAUUAAGGGUAAACCCGGGGCAGGAAAGUCGACACUAAUGGCGUUCCUAUACAACGAGCUCGAAAAAUUCGCAGACAAGGGGAUUCGACUCGAGUUCUUCUUCAGUGCUCGUGGUGACCUCGCUGUGCGGCAUCCAAUACGCGAGGUCUAUUCAAAACGAUGUAGCCAUUUUGGUGGCACGCGUCAAUGGAAAUGGUCGCAGGUGGUGCUGGAAGAAUUAUUGGCAGACGCAGUUGUCGCGUCCUCUAAGCGACACCACAUGACUAUUUUCGUGGAUGCGCUUGAUGAGGCUGGCACUGAAUCCGCUCCUCAACUUGCGGAAUACUUUCACCGACUCAACGACCGCGUGGGUGAAACCGCUAACUUCAAGAUAUGUAUCGCAUGCCGGUAUUAUCCAAUUGCUUCCAGCGAGCAGACUCUUCAAAUAAGGGUCGAACAUUACAAUUCCAAAGACAUCGCCGCAUACAUCACGAGCAAGCUUCAGUCCGUGAACACUGUUGACCAAGAUAGUGGGGAUGAUUUGAAAGCCGAGCUGACCGAGCAGGCACGUGGUGUAUUUCAAUGGGUCCAACUCGUCGUGCCUUUGAUUCAUCGGAAGCUUCUUGGAGGGCAGUCGCUCAAGGAUAUUCGUCGCUGGUUACCCCAUGUGCCACCGGAGCUCAAAGAUACAUAUGAGUACAUCCUUCGCCACGUGAUAGAUCCUGAAGAAUUGCCAGAGACAUUUUUGUUAUUUCAGUGGGUGCGGCUAUCCGAGAGACCAUUGACAGUGGAAGAGAUUCGAUAUGCCAUGGUCGCGCAGAGAGCCGGAGACAUACCAUACCAAACAACCUGGGAGGAUAUGGACGGAUUUGUCAAAGAAGGCCAGCAGAUGGUGCUCAGAAUCACUGCACUUUCCGGUGGACUGGCUGAAGUGACGUUUCGUGAAACAAGUCCCCCAAUAGUUCAGGUGGUUCACCAAUCGGUGAACGAAUUUUUGGGAGAGAAAGGGCUGGCUGUUCUGGCCGAACUCGUCGACGGGAAGACUUCCAUAUAUGACCAUGAUUUGUUCUGCCGAUGCCAAGCGACGAUCUACCAAUCGUGCGUAGCUUAUCUCGAUAAAGAGCUAUCACGGGCUAUUCUGGAUGUUGAUCGUUCGGAUAUGGUAAGAUUCUUUGAAAAUCGACCAUUUCUUCCAUAUGCGGUCUACGAUCUUCUCACUCACGCAGAAAAGGCUGGAAGAUUCCGUGCAAACAAUUUGCAGGAUGAGAUUUCAAGGCUGGGGAUGUUUCUUCCCCAAUGGAACAAGAUCUACCGAAUUGGCGUCCGGUUAGGCAAGGAUCUAAAAAGACGCAUGCUCUCUAUGCCGAAUGAUAUGACUAUUGUCCAUGUGGCCGCAGCCGCCAAUCUAACUGACAUGAUGGAUUAUCUUCUGCUGUCCGAGAAUGAGAUCUUAACUCAGCUUGAUGGCGGCGGGAGUACUCCUUUGCAUUGGGCAGCACGAAUGGGUCACGUAGAAAUCGCUGAGAUUCUAAUUGGGAAUGGUGCAGAGUGUCAAUUAGAGAACAAAGAAGACCUGGAAACACCACUAGUUCAAGCAGCAAGCCACGGUCGGGCAAAAUUUGUCGAGUGGCUUCUACAAAAAGGGGCAAGUUUGGAUAUCAACGAAGCAUUCCUAGGGGGUCCGUUGCAGGCAGCAUCAUCUUAUGGACACACAGCGAUUGUCCAAAUACUCCUUGAUGCUGGAGCUGAUGUCAAUGCCCAGGGUGGUGAAUACGGAACAGCUCUACAGGCAGCAUCGUACUGUGGAGACAUGGAUAUUGUCCAAAUGCUCCUUGAUGCUGGAGCUGAUGUCAAUGCCCAGGGUGGUGAAUUUGGAACAGCUCUACAGACAGCAUCGUGCAAUGGAGACAUAGGUAUUGUCCAAAUGCUCCUUGAUGCUGGAGCUGAUGCCAAUACUGAGGGUGGUUACUACGGAACAGCUUUACAGGCAGCAUCGUGCUGUGGAGGCAUGGAUAUUGCCCAAAUGCUUCUUGAUGCUGGGGCUGAUGUCAAUACCCAGGGUGGUCUAUACGGAACAGCUCUACAGGCGGCAUCAUCCAAUGGACAAACUGAGAUUUUCCAGAUGCUACUAAAUGCUGGAGCCGAUAAACACUCUGAGAGUAGUGAUUUAACACUGCCAUUCAUUGGCGCUUCGCAAAGUGAUAGUGCCAAGAAGGACAUGGGGAGUGUAAGGACGACAAGGAAUUUCAAGCAAUAA